AUGACACCUCAGGCAGCAGCUGACUCCUCCACUUGGCCAAUCAGACCCCCCGGGUUAUCCGACUCAGCCUGGGCCAAUCACGGGCGGGAUAUAGAAAUCCUGAGGCUCCCUGCCGCAGCCUCAGGCAUCCCCGUCGGGCGGGCACGGGAGUCACGGCCUGAGGCGCACUCGAUGACGGGCGUGGCUGUGUGCCUGAGGCAGCAACGACCUCACACCACCCGCAAAAACCUAGCGCAGCCGGGCUUGUCCUCUGACUUCGACUUCGUCAACACCUCGUUCCCGUCCUCCCAUCACGUCCGCUUAAUUCCCACCUCCUCCACCCCCCUCCCAACUCACAAUCCACCUCUCGCCAUGUCGUCGAUUUCCCUCUUCCGUAUCGCCACCCGCGCCGUGCGCCCUUCCAGCUUCAUCAGAACUCCUCAAUUGCCCCGGUCCCGAGUGCAGGUCCCGACUGCUCUCGCUAUCAACCGCCCCAGCUUCAGCACCACCACCCAGCGUCGCUCCGGCCACGAGGACGAGACGUACGAGGAAUUCUCUGCUAGAUUCGAGAAGGAAUUCGACAGCGUCCAGGAUGUCUUCGAACUGCAGCGGAAUCUGAACAACUGCUUCGCCUACGAUCUCGUUCCCUCCAUUGAGGUCCUCUCCGCCGCCUUGAAGGCCGCUCGCCGCGUCAACGACUUCCCUACCGCUGUUCGCAUCUUCGAAGGUGUCAAGGCCAAGGUCGAGACCAAGGAACAGUACAAGCAAUACCUCGAGGAACUCGAGGCUCUGCGCCAGGAACUCGGCGUCGCUCUCCGGGAGGAGCUCUACCCCGAGGAGGCCUAA